UUCAGUCUUUAUACUGAGGGAAAAAAAUAUUCAUGACAUUCAUUACAGGUGAUGCAUAAGCAAUAUAGAGACACACCUGCUUCUCUCCUUCAACCAUCAUUAUUUGAUGAAAUGGUGAGGUCUCAAUUUCCAACUCUCCUGUUGUGCACAAGAUCCCCAGCUCAAUAAUUCAUCAGGGCUAUGGAAAGCAGCUGGACUGUCCGAGUCUCUCCUCAAUACAUAUCACAGUUCUUCCUCCUGUUCUUGUUCUUUCUCCUGUUCAAGACCAUAGUGUAUUUUAGCUGUAAGGGACCAUGGAGGAACUUCAGAGGCAAGCAGGCACCUUGAUCGAGGGCAAGCCCAGAAAGGUGAGGUUCAGGCUGGCCUCGUCGUAUAGCGGCCGGGUGCUUAAGCACGUGUAUGAAGAUGGACAGGAACUGGAUAGUCCAGAGGAGCAGUACCCACACAGCUUCAUUCACACCAAGAUGGAGAUGGGACAUCUGUGUGGCUUAGAAGACAUGCAGGAGCAGAGUUUGUACCCUCCGACAGGCCUGAUCGCCCAGAGGAUAAACGUCUAUCGAGGAGUGACAGGAUGCACCUCCCUGGCGUGUGGAGAUCUUCCAGAAGGGGAUCAUAAAGCACCAGUACUAGAUUUUGGAAAGAUUAUUAUCUACACCAGCAACCUGAAGAUUAUUCGAGCUCCUCACAGAAGGGGAGAAUCUGGAAGAAGUCCUCACCGCAGCCGGGACAGGAAAGAAAGUUCCCCAGGACGGGAGUCCCGGAGCAAAGGGAGACAUAGAACAGCAGGUUCCCAUGCAGAGGAACCAGAUGCAAUGACUGAACAAAAGCAGGAAGCAGGCUCCUGUGAACAGUGUGGAGGUUCGGGCUGUGCGCCGUGCUCUCUCUGUCACGGCAGCAAAUUGUCCAUGCUGGCCAAUCGCUUCAACGAGUCAAUCAGAGAGCUGCGCUGCCCAGCAUGCAACCCCCACGGCCAAGAGCGCUGCCAGUCCUGCACACACUAACACAUCUACUGCUGCCAAGCUCUUUCGGAUGGAGAUCAGACCCUUUGAGGUGUGAACGAAAGUGCAUUUUGAAUUAGUGCUUAAAUAUAACAGCUUAAGGGCGGAAUGUGAACUGUUGGAAAGUACUGCGUUGAAAGUUAAUAAAGAUUCACUAGACAAUGGUUAACGGUUGAUAUGAAAUCAGAAAGGAACUGGAAACUCAAAGAGAGCAAAGGAACAACAGAGGAAUGGAGAGAAAGUUUAUAUGUUACUGUUCUCUGAUGUUGGGUAAUGGUCACAUGACAUUUAGGUUAACACAAAUAUUUUUCUUCCUUUUUAAGUGUUGUAUUUUAAUUGUUGUUAUUUUAAAA